CCCCCGGCUCACAGACUCCCACGGCAAGUAGCAAGUAGCAAAAGGCGUGGUAGCUGCGGCGGAGUGAGACAGUUGCCAACAGCUGGCGCAGCUGCCGCGCUGCCCACCGGGACUGGCGAGUACGCAGCCCCAGGUACUGCCCCUUCCCCGUGACGUCUCUGCAGCGGGUUAUAAAAGCCUCGUGCGCAGCUAACUCCAGAGCUGAGCAACCCGAAUGGAAAGGUGCCCGCGAAACUGCAGGAGGCUGCAGCGGCAGCAGAAGCGAAGGAAAAAAUCUCCAGCUGGACACGGAGCUACAGAAUCCUGGCCAUAGACUCAGAACUUUUACAGGUCGCGCUGCAGUGGGCCCCCACUUCGCUCCUAAAUCCUCACGCAGCACAGGACUUUGCCUUUCCCGGCGCACGAAGGGGAAAUAGGAGUUGCAGGCAGCAGCAGGUGCAUAAAGGCGGGGGUCUCUUGGUUCCUAGAACCGUGACCAGUGGAAUUUCUUUCCCUUUUUCAGUUUAAUUCAAGAAAGAUGCUGUCUCCAGACUUCUGAACUCAAAUGCCUCCUAAGGCUUGAAAGUGGAGGAAUUCAGAGACACCGCGGCCAGGCAGGCAGUGCAUCCAGAAGCGUUUAUAUUGUGAGCGCCAGUUCAGCUUUCGAAAAGAGUGCUGCCCAGAAAAAGCCUUCCACCCUCCUGUCUGGCUUAAACAGGACCAGGCGCCAGCUACAGGACUCUGCUGCAGAGCGGGUGGUGUGUACAGAUAGUAGGGCUUUAACGCCUAGCUUCGAAAUGGAUAACGUCCUCCCGGUGGACUCAGACCUCUCUCCAAACAUCUCCACCAACACCUCGGAACCCAAUCAGUUCGUGCAACCAGCCUGGCAAAUUGUCCUUUGGGCAGCUGCCUACACGGUCAUCGUGGUGACUUCUGUAGUGGGCAACGUGGUAGUGAUGUGGAUCAUCUUGGCCCACAAAAGAAUGAGGACAGUGACCAACUAUUUCCUGGUGAACCUAGCCUUCGCGGAGGCCUCCAUGGCUGCAUUCAAUACAGUGGUGAACUUCACCUAUGCUGUCCACAACGAAUGGUACUACGGCCUGUUCUACUGCAAGUUCCACAACUUCUUUCCCAUCGCUGCUGUCUUCGCCAGUAUCUACUCCAUGACGGCUGUGGCCUUUGAUAGGUACAUGGCCAUCAUCCAUCCCCUCCAGCCCCGGCUGUCAGCCACGGCCACCAAAGUGGUCAUCUGUGUCAUCUGGGUCCUGGCUCUCCUGCUGGCCUUCCCCCAGGGCUACUACUCAACCACAGAAACCAUGCCCAGCAGAGUCGUGUGCAUGAUCGAAUGGCCAGAGCAUCCCAACAAGAUUUAUGAGAAAGUGUACCACAUCUGUGUGACUGUGCUGAUCUACUUCCUCCCCCUGCUGGUGAUUGGCUAUGCAUACACCGUAGUGGGAAUCACACUAUGGGCCAGUGAGAUCCCUGGGGACUCCUCUGACCGUUACCACGAGCAAGUCUCUGCCAAGCGCAAGGUGGUCAAAAUGAUGAUCGUCGUGGUGUGCACCUUCGCCAUCUGCUGGCUGCCCUUCCACAUCUUCUUCCUCCUGCCCUACAUCAACCCGGAUCUAUACCUGAAGAAGUUUAUCCAGCAGGUCUACCUGGCUAUCAUGUGGCUGGCCAUGAGCUCCACUAUGUACAACCCCAUCAUCUACUGCUGCCUCAAUGACAGGUUCCGUCUGGGUUUCAAGCAUGCCUUCCGGUGCUGCCCCUUCAUCAGCGCCGGCAACUAUGAGGGGCUAGAAAUGAAAUCUACCCGGUACCUCCAGACCCAGGGCAGUGUGUAUAAAGUCAGCCGCCUGGAGACCACCAUCUCCACAGUGGUGGGGGGCCACGAGGAGGAGCCAGAGGAUGGCCCCAAGGCCACACCCUCAUCCCUAGACCUGACCUCCAACUGCUCCUCACGAAGCGACUCCAAGACCGUGACGGAGAGCUUCAGCUUCUCCUCCAAUGUGAUCUCCUAGGCCACAGGGCCUUCGGCAGCUGCAGCCCCCACCUUCUUUGUCCUGCCUGCCUUCAUGCAUGGAAAUUCCCUUCAUCUGGAACCAUCAGAAAUACCCUCACAUUGGGGCUUGCAAAAAGGGUCAGUAUGGCUUAGGGAAAACUUUUCAUCCUGGAGUAAAAAAAAUCUCAAUUCUUUCCUACCUUUGCCACCGUCAUGCUGUGUGACUCAAACCAAAUCACUGAACUUUGCUGGGCCUGUAAAAUAAAAGGUUGGACCAGCUUUUCCCAAAAGCCCAUUCAUUCCAUGAUUCUAAAAGUGACUUUGGCUGCAUGCGAGUGCUCAUUUCAGGAUGAAUUCUGCAGCACAGCUGCAGACCCGGAAGACUCAUUUUCCUGGAGCCCUGUCUUACUUCAAUAAAGUUGAUCUCAGAUUAGCCUCCUGCAGCUGGAGGCUCCCAUCACCCCAGCCUACACUUGACAGGCUGAACAAAAUAAGGCACCACAUAACAUCUUAAAUGAAAAAUUUAGCCCUGUCUUCUAAGUCUCUGUGAAAAGAAACAUAUGUCUUCCCCCUGUUUGGUAUCUCAGUAUUUCAAUGCAUUUAUACAUCGUGAGAUUGAGAACCUCAGGUUUCCGUGUUAUGUCCCCUGUGACUAUCCUGAGAAGCCAAUGCAAGCAGAAUAUGUCCACUGAUGCCUGCUAAUGUCUCGUACAGACCAGGAAGUGGGAGAUAUGCACUACAUUUGAUGUGUAGCUGAGCCUCUUUUCCUACUUGUAAACAAGGGGGCUGAGCUAGAUGAUCCAAGUGUCUCUUCGAAUCUUAAGGAUUAUACGAGUUUUGUUUGUUUGUUUGUUUGUUUUAUCAAAAAAAAAACUGGUGGUCUCAGAAAGAAUAGCAGUGAGUCUCGUAACUAAUAGCCAGUUCCUGGAGUUGUGGCAACUGCUAAGACCAUCUGUAACUAUCUGUCUCAGACAUUCUCCGAUUUAUCUUAAAAUCCCGAGUACAUUCCUUCUCCUGGAAGGUUCUGGCUUUUGACAGAGCAGAGGACUUCAUCCCAAAGCCUGCAUCCAUCCAGCUCUAGCAGGCUGAAUUUCACAGCUACAGAACACUGUCAGAGAAGACAAACGUGGGUUUCCUGCUUUGACCUUUUGAGUAUUUUAGGGUGGGGGCCUUAACCUUGAUUCUUAAUUUUACACUCGCAUCGUGCUCGUAUGUGCAGCAUGCAAGAAGGCUGCACUUUGCAGCUGCACUUCUGGAAAGAGGGCAUCUUGCAUCUUCCCUUUAGACUCUCUGAAUCUCCCUCCCUGCCCCCAUGGCUUUGCCAGCUUCCUGUUUCUAAGGGGUAGAAUGACUCACCAACCUUAAAGGACAGUCAGUCUUCUAAGAGCCAUGAACUGAAUGCUUUAUAUCCUAAUUCAGAUUUAGAGUUUCCAGAAGGUGAGCACGCAGGAUUUUUUUUCUGUCUCCCAGAUCUGUGUUUUGUCCAGAUAUGGCUGGAAGCACAAACGUCACGUAACAUCCAUGAAUGUCCUCCUGGUAGUUUGCACAAUGGAUGCACACAUGCCGCAUCCAUAGCAUUAAGGGGAGAACAAUGAGUGGUUCUCCCCUUUGCAGCCCUUGCCAGCCCUGCUGGCUCUAAUUCUACCAGAGCAUCCACAGGCCUGGGGGAAGAAGCAACAGUAUAAGCCAGAAAACCUCGAGAACCAUAUUCUCCAAAGCAGCAUGGAAAGUAUUAAAUAAACUAAGCAAAGCCAGAUCACUGCAGAUAUAUAAAUGGAAGACAAAAUUUAGCAGCAACAAAAGUUAGUGCCCUAAGUAUUAGUCAUACUUCCAAUAGAAAAUCUUGCUGUGUAUGGAUUACUCACUUUGGAGGGAUGUAAAUAACUAGCAUGAUUAUAAAACGUUCCUAAGAAGACGGUGUCAAGAGGUUGGAGACAUCCCAUCUGCAGAAGAGAAGGUUAGAGUUGAGCUCAACGAGGAUUAACUGAGUACCUGCUCUGGACUUUGCCCUGAGUUGGGCACACACAGCUCCUUCAGCUCUUGAGGAGCCUACCCUUUUGGCCAUCACUAACCAACUCAACAGUCCUAGUGAGUCCAGGUUGCCCAGCAGGUGUGGAGGCAUCUGAGAGGGCAGAUUCUCCACAAAAUUCUACAAACCCACACUCAACCCGGGCAGUCAAGCCAAAGACUGGGACCUUCAGAGAGCCUCUGGAAUGAGAGUUCUUAGGUAAUCCCAAAGGGAACUGUCAGUCAGUCCAGGGGACCUAGAGGAAUGUGGUUGAACAGCAUCAUCUCUGUGCAUGGGAAGAGGGAAAGUGGGUGGUCCUGGGCAGUUUCCAAUAUGGCAAAACUUCUUGGAGAGUGCCAGCAACCCUUCCUCUGACCCAGUCUCCAAUGUCCACUAACUUAUAAAAAUGUCAUCAGCUCACACAUGUGAGAAACACAAUGCUUUGUACUAUGCAUGGGUCUCAUUCUUAUUCUAGAAAUGCAUCACCCUGUGUUUAUCUCCUGAGUGUGUUUCCUUGGUGCAAUGUCCAGUAGUAAUAGAAUAUGAAACCUCAAGGAGCCAUCUUCGUUAUGUGACUUCCAAAAUGUGGGAUCCCAUUGCUGUCACUGUGAUGUUUGUAUUGUGCCAAUCUCUUUCUCCUCCUCCUCCUCCUCAUGCUUUCUCAGGGAGGAGCCCUGAUGUAUUUCACGAACUCACAGUUCCUAGACCACAGUAACUGAGGCAUGGUGGGGGACUUUAUGGGAGGAGCUAGAGAACAAGAGUCUUUCUCCUCCUUAUUAGCCAACGGAAUGCUAAGAGAUAAGGACUGAGUGGAAUCCUGGGGAAAGGGGACUCAGGAGCUGACCUCAUUGGCCUGAUUUGCAGGGAGAAGAGUAUAAGCAGAGGGGUCAUUCCUGAGGUUUCCAUGAUUUCCAGCCUGGGAUCCUGGAAAGAAUCUCUAUACAGAAAUAAAUUGCGUGUUUCACUCUUA